AUGAAAGUCUCUACUUUAGCUUUAUCCGUCUCAUCAAUUUUAUCAUUAGCUGUCGCAGCUCCUCAUAAAUUGCAUCACCAUGGCCAUGCUGAAAAAAGAGCUGUCACUGUCACCAAUGUCGUCGACAUGAACGGUAAUGUCAUUGCAUCUCCCAACGUAGUCACCAGAACAACUUUGGUAGGUCAAGCUAACGUCGCUGUAAUGACAACUACCGUUAAAGCAAACGCUGACGCUGCCGUCGCCGCUGCCACCACCACUUCAACUACCACUUCUGCCGUCGCCGCUGCCACCACCACUUCAACUACCACUUCUGCCGCCGCCGCUGCUUCUGCUACAAGCGCUAAUGUUGUCGCUGAUUCCGGUUCUUCUUCAUCAGGUUCCUCUUCCUCUUCAGGUAGUGGUUCGAUCGAUGGUGAUUUAUCUGCUUUCUCUGGUCCAUCUCAAAAAUUCGUCGAUGGUACUAUUAAAUGUUCUGAUUUCCCAAGUGGUCAAGGUGUUAUCGCUUUGGAUUGGGUCGGCUCUAAUGGUUGGUCCUCAAUCAUGGAUAUGGAUGGUAACAUGUCUUCUGAAUGUAAAGAUGGUUACUACUGUUCCUACGCUUGUCAAGCUGGUAUGUCCAAGACUCAAUGGCCAUCAAAUCAACCUUCCGAUGGUAAGGCUAUCGGUGGUUUGAUAUGUAAGAAUGGUUACUUGUACAGAACUAACACUAACGCUGAUUACUUGUGUGGUUGGGAUGUCCAAUCUGCUACUGCUGAAAAUACUUUAUCUAGCCAAAUUGCUAUGUGUAGAACUGAUUAUCCAGGUUCUGAAAACAUGGUUAUUCCAACUUUAUUGCAAGCUGGUGGUUCAGAACCAAUCUCAGUUGUUGAUCAAGACACUUAUUUCUCUUGGUUAGGUAAGAAAACCUCCACUCAAUACUACGUUAACAAUGCUGGUGUUUCUCUUGAAGAUGGUUGUUCUUGGGGUCAACCUGGUUCUGGUGUCGGUAAUUGGGCUCCACUGGUUGUCGGUGCCGGUUACACUAACGGCAUCUCAUGGUUGUCAUUGAUUCCAAAUCCAAACAACAGAGAUGCUGCUAACUUUAAUGUUAAGAUUGUUGCUACUGAUGGUUCCUCUUUAAGUGGUGUAUGUGCUUAUGAAAAUGGUCAAUUCACCGGUGGUUCAUCCUCUGGCUGUACUGUUUCAGUUUUGAAAGGUUCUGCAAAAUUUGUUUUUUACUAA